AUGGGUUUUCGUCCUUUAAUUCGAAGAGGCCGGGCGGUCUUCCGUCGUGUCAAGCUUGACCAGGAUGAGGCGGCCACCAGCAGUUCUGUCGAUGUGGACAUUUCCAGAACGGCCGCUGAGCCAGAGAAGAACCUUGAUAGAGAAGCACAGGCUCCUUCCUCUGAUUCAGAGUCAGUCGUUGCCACCAACGGUAAAGGAGUGGAGCCCGUUCCCUAUGAUGAGCUCCAAACUGGUGUCAAGGAUGUCGAAGCCCUUGCGGAGACUUGGUCCAAGGGAGCCUUGAUUGCUGUCUUCAUCAACAUCUGGUUCCUUUACUUUGUCUAUGCUUUUGUCUCCUCGGUCAACGGCAGCUUGUACAGUUAUGUCGCAAGUUCAUUCGAGCAACACUCGCUGUCCAACCUUCCCACUCAACUCUCCGAUGCUUUCUCGGCUGCCUGUUACAUCCCCGUGGCCAAGGUCCUUGAUACUUGGGGUCGUCCUCAGGGUUUCGCCCUGAUGUCCUGCUGUGCCACAAUUGGUAUCAUCCUCAUGGCCGCCUGCAACAGCUUUGCGGCAUACUGUGCUGGAAAUAUCUUCUUCUACAUGGGCUUUGGCGGUAUGGAAUACUGCGUCGAUGUUAUUACGGCCGACUUGUCCCAGCUGAAGAACCGAGGAUUGGCCUACGCCUUCACCUCCUCGCCCUACAUCAUUACUGCUUUCGCCGGGCCCAAGGUCGCGGACGAGUUCUACACCCAAGUCAGCUGGCGAUGGGGCUACGGUUGCUGGGCAAUUAUCUUCCCGUGCUUCGCUGCUCCUUUGUUCUUCACCCUGAAGUGGAACCUUGACCAGGCGAAGAAGCAAGGCAAGAUUGUCCGAGAGGAAAGUGGCCGAACGCUACCUCAGAGCAUUUGGCAUUGGUUUAUCGAGUUUGAUUUCAUCGGUGUCUUGGUGUUCACUGCCGGUCUCGUCCUAUUCGAAUUGCCCUUCGACAUCGCAAGUGAAGCUCCUAACGGCUGGGGAACUGGUUAUAUUAUCGCUAUGAUUGUGGUCGGAUUCUCCAUGCUUUUCUUCUUUGGUAUCUGGGAGAAGUACCUUGCGCCGAAGCCUAUGAUGGACUUCACCUUCCUUACUGACCGGACGGUCGUCGGUGCCUGUCUUCUGGAUGCCACCUACCAACUCUCUAACUACUGCUGGAGCAUGUACUUCCAGAACUUCCUGCAGGUCGUCAACGACUUGAGCAUUACCACGUCCGGAUACGUUGUCAACGUCUUCGACGUCGUUUCCGGUCUUCUUCUCCUUGGCGUCGGCUGGGUUAUCCGCCGCACUGGCUACUUCAGAUGGCUCUUGUACAUUGCUGUGCCUCUUUACAUCUUUGCCCAAGGUUUGAUGAUCUACUUCCGCCGUCCUGAUCAGAGCGUGGGCUAUCAGGUCAUGUGUCAGAUCUUCAUUUCCAUUGGCGGUGCGGUGUUCAUCAUUGUUGAGCAACUCGCUAUCUUGGCUGCCGUCGACCACCAAUACGUUGCUACUGCACUUGCAAUGCUGAAUGUUGUGGGCACGAUUGGUGACUCUGCCGGUAUUACUAUUUCUACCGCGAUCUGGACCAACACUUUUGAGCCUGCUCUGCAACGCUACCUUCCCGAGGAGGCCUUGUCCAACAUUGACAGCAUCUACGAAGAUAUCACCGUCCAGCUCAGCUACCCCGUCGGAUCUGCUGCGAGAAUCGCCAUCCAAAAGGCUUACUCCUACGCUCAGGUCAGAAUGCUUGCUGCUGGACUGGGUGUCAUGGGUCUCGGACUCAUCUGGACGUUUGUGAUCAAGGACAUUAACCUCAAGAAGAUCAAACAGGUUCACGGCAAUGUCUGGUAA